AAAAAAUGAACUUAGAACGGGAUGUGGGUGAGGUUCCCUUUGAGAAGGGGCUGAGGGUGAGUCGCCCUCUGCAGGUCCCUCAAGGCUGAGCCCUUCCUGGGACUCCCAGGCCCUGGACACCUGCCUGUCUCCUUUCUGCCACUUUUCUCGCAGGCAGCUGUACCCAGGGUGCCCAGGCCGGGCCACCACACUUGGGCUUCGAUUGGGCCAGCGGCCUGGGGUGGCCUCGCUUAGGCAGGGACUGCCCAGCAUCCUGCCUCGAACCUGGGUCAAUUUGGGGUUCCAAGACGUGGUUCUACCUAUCACACAAGCACGGGUGGGAUCCGAUGGGAGCGGAUGGGAACCUAGGGGCCGUCGUUCUGUCAAGCUCUUUACCGAAUGUCGUGGAGGGCCCGGCGGCUUGCCUCAGUCCCACACAAGCUGUUUAUACAAAGAGUGCGUAUGCUGGUAUGAAUCACCCAGACCUACUUUGGAGAAUUUCUAUUUUCGUAGACGCCUGAGAGUCACACAUGUAGAAACAGCCUAUGCCUCUGUCUCUAAGGGGAUCCCUCAGACCCUCCUGCGCCCCUGGGGGCGGAAUUGUCAGGUGGCGUUUUGGCCCAGAUUUUCCUGCAUAUCUAUAGUCUUAAUGAGUCCUCUGCUGGGAGCCACCUGGGGCCCAUGGGUGCAUCUCCGCUUUCCUCGCCCUGGAGAUGGGACAUCCUGGGGGAAGCCUCUGCUUACAGGGCCACUGGGGAGCGAUGCAGCCCAAGGCUGACCCAAAUCCUCGAGGGGCCCUGGCGCAGGAAGCGGGGCUGGGGGGCAGCAUCGUGCAGGCGCCCUGCUGACCAUCCUGGAGGACACACAGGCAGGGGCUGAGACGUCCCCUCAGGCUGGACCUUCCCAGCCCACAAGUCCUAAAACAUGAAGGUGUCCAGCACCACUGUCUUUUCUGGGGACAGCACUUCUGAAUCCUAAAUGCCAGCAGCCCCGGAGGCCAUUUGGGCCCUUUUCAGAUGCUGGCUGUCCUUGCAAUGCCAGGCUCAGCAUGUCUGCUGUGUAAGGGGCUUCCUCCUUGUCCUGAGGCUCCUCACACCUCAGCUCAUGCAGGGGCUCUUUUGCUUUGGAAGCUGAGUGAGUGCACAGGACUCCCCCGAAAGCAUACAAGAGUAUAGAGCCUCUCCCUGGCAAGGCGCCCCCCCAAGCCAUGCUCUAGUCCCCCUUAGGGGGAGGGACCCCCACAGAACCCCUCUCCAGACCGGAGGGAAGAAGCCCCUCAGCCAGAGGCUGAUGCUGGAGCUGCUUAUGAGUAUCUAGUCCCACCCCCUCAUUUUACCGAUGAGGAAGCUGAGCCCCAGAGAGGGAAGUGACUCUCCCCAGAGCAGGCUGGUGACCAAGCUCGGAGGAGAGAUGACAUCGCACAGCUUGCUCAGCUGCACCGGACCCCCCACAGGAAAGAACAUGAACCAGCUAAACCAGAGCAAGGACUGCAACUUCAAUGACGUGGACAAGCUGAUGAAAACUGUGCAGAUGACAGUCAACAUCCCUACUUUCCUCCUUGGCCUUCUCCUCAAUUUGCUGGCCAUUCGAGGCUUCAGCUCCUUCCUGAAGAAGAGGUGGCCGUACUACGCUGCCACCUCCAUCUACAUGAUCAACCUGGCAGUCUUUGACCUGCUGCUGGUGCUCUCCCUCCCAUUCAAGAUGGCCCUGUCCCACGUGAAGGCUCCCUUUCUUCCCUUCUGUACCCUGGUGGAAUGCCUCUACUUCAUCAGCAUGUACGGCAGUAUCUUCACCAUCUGCUUCAUCAGCCUGGACCGGUUCUUGGCCAUCCGGUACCCACUCCUGGUCAGCCAUCUCCGGUCCCCGAGGAAGGUUUUGGGGAUCUGCUGCAUCAUCUGGGUCCUUCUCUGGGUUGGGAGCACCCCUGUCUAUAGCUUCCACCAGAAAGAGGAAAAUUACACGUGCUUCCACAACCUGUCUGACGGCACCUGGAGUGUCAAGGUCUUGCUCCCACUGGAGGUCUUCGGCUUCCUUCUUCCCAUGAGCAUCAUGGGUUUCUGUUCAUCCAGGAGCAUUUGCAUCCUGGUCCGCCGUCGGAACCACACCCAGGACUGGGUCCAGCAGAAGACCUGCAUCUGGACAAUUGCGGCCAACCUGGUUGUCUUUGUGGUCUCCUUCCUCCCAGUCCACCUGAGCUUCUUCUUGCAGUUCCUGGUGAGGAACGGUUUUAUCAUGGAAUGCAGGACUAGGCAGAACAUCAGCUUGUUCGUGCAGUUGUCCAUGUGUUUCUCCAACUUCAACUGCUGCCUGGAUGUUUUCUGCUACUACUUUGUCAUCAAAGAAUUCCGCAUGGACAUCAUGACCCACCACCGGCCUUCCAGGGUCCAGGUGGUCCGCCAGGAUACCAUGACCACCCGGGGCUAAGGGAAGAAAGCUGUGCUUGGAGGAAGGGAGCCCCAGCCCAAAUUCCAGUAGCGGGUACCCUCUUCCAGGGCUCUGAUGUGGUCUUGCACUAACUGGCAUGUGCUCCCUUUGAUGCUCUCUUGAACGCCAUCUUUGCUCACUGUGCCCUCCACAACCUUUCCCCAGCACCCAGACAACAUGAUGUAAGCCACCCAGUGGUUGAGGACCUCUGAAAGACCAAAGGAGCAGAUGAAUUCUUGAUUUUUAAAUCCCAAAAGCGUGAGGCAGAAGAGCUGAGAAAGAGAAUGAGACCAUCUGAAUAGGGCUGCUUCCCAACUCUCCUCUGUCUCUCUGUUAGGCUAGAAGAUUCUGGAAAGGAAGAGAGGGAGGAGUUAGGAGAGAGAUGAUUAAGUGGGUUGGUCAUGGUGGAGAGAUAGAGUGGUAGAGAUGGACCAAGCUCAUUUUCAGUUUGGGGAUCCCAGGGGGGAGCAGACUUACAUUUUCUGGUCUCUUCUGGAGCUCUGCUGGCCAACACCCUCAUGGAGAUGACAGCAGUCGGGGUGACUGGAGAGAGCAAAUACACAAGCUAGCCCCAAGUUUUCUAUGGGCCUUAGAAAGGCCUGGGGGGCCAGGCAAGCCUUCCUGUGACUGAAGGGGGCUGGUGCGGACCAGGCUGUGUGGAGAUGUGGACACUCUAUGGAAGCCGGGGAGACAGAGUGGAAAGGCACUGGGGACACCUGAGAGCCGGGAGCGGGUGGGAUAUACCUGGGAAAGAUAGGAGGCAGACCAAGGGCUGGAAGUGGCCUUCCAUCCAUGGCCAUCGGGGUGUCCACUGCAUGGAGUGGUCCCAGGGGAGGAGAGGCAGGGGAGACAAGCCUGACCAGGACCAGCUUGUCAUCUUGAACAGACUGGGACAUUGCUCCUUAGACUUAGCUUUCUUGAGAAGGAUGAGAAAGAUUUGAUUUGGUUUGGUUCAGCCAGAGGAGAACAAGGAAGAUGUCUCUGUCUUAUCUGUCUUGCCCACCUGACCAAGUGACCUUGACCGUGGGCCUGUCCCCGUCUGGCGGCCAGGAGGGAGAAGGGGCUCUUGGCAGUGGCAACUGUAAACAAUUGAAUCACAGCUUGGCCCGGGCUUCUCUAAUGCACUGGAGAAGGCGCAGCAGUGACAGCCUGAAAGCCUGACAAUGACUCAGCUGCUCCAGAGAGUGAAAUGAUGAGGAGGAGAAAUUGGGGGGUGAUUGGCAAGAUGGAGUGAGUGGGAUGAGCAGUGACGUGUGAGACCCCAUGUGAACCAGCCAGAGGUUUUUAGGGAGACAGGUACCCACCUUCUACUUGCAGGAUAAGAGGCGCCCUCCGCUGAGAGGUGGACAGAAGGGAGGGGUGGCUGUGAGGGGGCCGGGGAAGAGGGCGAGUUAAAUUAAACCCUGAUGGAGGAGGAGGCGGGGCUGGGUGCUUGCCCAAAGUGUGAAACCAUGGGUUCUGUGAGGGGAGAGGGGUGGGGUACUGGAGGGGCAGGAAGGAUGGAGGGCAGAGCUGCUUCCUGCCUGAGAAGCAUUCGAUUGGACUGAGUGCCUUGGAAGGGCAGGCGCUCUUCCUUCUCCUGCCUGCUCUGUGGUCAGUGGUCAGGUGGGGCUGGAGGGGAGCGUGAGAAGAAAGUCUGAAUGGAGGGGUAGCCCGGGGUGUGGAGGAGCGGUCAUGACCAGGACCAGAGGCCAACGCCCCUCAGACUGGGCCUCCGGAACUGGCAGCCAGAGUCAGGGGCUCUGCAGACCCAGAGAGGGGUCCGGCCGAGCUGCCCCAAGCCCUGGACACUCCCCCACCGCCACCCCACCUGUAGGCUGCACAGUCCCCAGGGCACCCUGGACAGAGGCACGCCUGUGUUACUCUCAGAGAGCCAGACUUACCUCCAGCUGGACCCUUGGGCUGGACCCCGGUCAGAUUCGUGGCUGGGCAGAGUUAGGAACCGCCCCUCCCCAAGGUUCUCUUUGCCUUUGUAGCUUGGAGCCUGCUGGGUAGAGCCGUGUUCAUGCUGCAGCUGUCCUUUCCCAGUGUGCUUAGGGCCAGACAGGCUAAGGGAGAGCAGGGCCUGACCCUCUAGCAUCCCCAGUGAUGCUCAAUAAUGUACAGUCUUGUCUUUGGGCUGCCUGACUCUGCCCAAGCCAGGUGACAGGGGCGGAAGGAAAGUCUAGACCCAUGAACUGUGUCACUAUUAGGUGUAGGUCCUUGGAGGGAUAUGACAGGAUGGGCUUGAUGUGACAUCUGUGGACCUGUGGGUGAGCGUGGGGGAUCCCAACAUACUAGCGGGAGAAGAUGGGCCUCUUCUCUCUCCCCAAGGGGAACCAACAUGGCCUGUGAGUCACAGAUGACCCAUAGGGUCCAUGGGAGCAGGCACAGGUCCAGCGUUACAGGCCAGGCUGCUCAGGGUCCCAACCUUGGGACUCUGAGUCUGGCCCAUGAUCAGCAGUCAGGCCCAGCAGGCCCAGCAGGUGCAGUGGGUCAGGGUUAAGGUGCUGAUGCGUCCAAGGUCACCAGCAAGUGGCAGCUGGUGAGUUGGGGACAGCUGACCUUAGUUGUGGGAAAGACCAAAAUUCUUGCUACUAAAACCAGGGGCAGCUUAGGGACCUUGGCUGUAAAUGUGGCCUUCUUUGUACUCCCAGUCUGAAAAAAAUCCGAGACAUACUAGGUAUGUGUACAGGUGUGAAAUCAGCACAAUGAUUUGGAAAAAAACAAUUUGAUUAAUCUGAUUUGCCAAAUAAAUAGAUUCCUGUGAUGCCAAGUAA